AUGUUGAAAAGCAGCAGCAGCAACAAAGGCAGCAGCAGCAAAAGCAGCAACCCCAGCAGCAGCAGCAGCAGCAGCAGCAAGAGCUGGGGCGAGUCGCAGCAGGGGGCCCCAACUUCUUUCAUACAAAUGGCGCUGCAACACGCAGUAGAAGAACAGGGGCCCCAGGGGGCCCCCAAGGACCCUAUUGAGGAAAUGACGGCUGAAGAAAUGGUGGAGAAGAUAAUUGAAAUGCAAGAAGAACUCUCAGAUUUGUCUUAUCAAGUGGAGGCUGUACGCCUCUGCAAUUCAACAUUAAAGCAGGAGAAUGACGGCCUGCAGCAGAAGAUAGAUGCCCUCAAGCAGCAGCUACUAGUGGCUCCCCAGCUGCAGCAGCAGCAGAAGCAGCAGCAGCAGAAGCAGCAGCAGCAACAGCAGCAGAAAAUAGAACCUGCAGCGUCCGGUCAUGCUACCCCUCGGCUUGCUGCUGCUGCUGCUGCUGCUGCUGCUGCAGGGGCCCCUUCUACUCCAAUAAGUAAGAGAGAACAGCAGCAGGAGGAAGCAGCAACAACAGGGGCCCUUUCACCAGCAGCAGAAGCAGCAGAUAUUGAGGGUACUUCUUUGGGGCCCCCCUCUACCCUUUGCUCUGAGGCCUGA